GGUAUUUGCGUGUGUGUGUGUGUGUGUGUGCACAUUUGUGUGUGUGUCUAGGUCUAGCUGUAUCACUUCAAAUACACACUCACAGAUGCAGUUUUAUCUUUAAUUCAGACAGGGGCUGGAACCAAUCUCAGUUUCAUAUAUGCCAGAACAUGACUGAUACACGGAGAUUGCUAUCGUUAGGUGAAUAAUUCCAGAAAACUCUGGCUGAGAUCUUUGUAGCUCACCUCCAACAUCCCUCUCCCUUUCCCUGGGCCCCUUGUCUGAGACUUUCAAAGCUGUGAUCCAGGUUCUGGCCAUCAGGAGGCAUCACAGCUAUCUCCAUUUUUUUUUUUUUUUUAAAUGAGGACAUAUUGCAAAGAGUGACAAACUAUGAUGCCAGUUCUGUUUGAAAAAUAUAUGUGUAUUAAAGCUGGUCCAUUGGCUGUGGACUCCAAAUCUACAUGGCAUUCACUGAUUUAUCUCUUCCCUCCUCAGUAUACGUUGUCCCGUGCACACUAUAGAGAGGUCCCUCACAGAGAGUGGGGCAUUUAGCCUCCAUUGCCCCUGUAUAGGCUUCCCAGACCUCCACCCAUUCCUUUUCAGUCCUCCCUUCUCUAGGAUCCUAUGGACACAGUUGCCCAGACCCUGCUCCUGUGACCUCUAUCCUCUCUGUCACCUUUCUUCAGCCCUGUAAGUGCUACUUGGUGUUUCAUGCCCUGGAGCAUAUGUUUUUAUAGUCUUGUUUUACAUCUAUCAUUUUUUUCUUUCUAACAUGGGAAGUGGAUUUGGGUCUGCUCAGAGGCAUGAUGUUGAACAGCUUUUAUUAGAUUAUGAAACAUCCAAGAAUGUAGAGAACAUUCUGUCUCUAAAACUUUGAACUCAAGGCAUAUCAGAGAGAGAUUUGCUUUCUUUAUAUGGAUGUCUGUGUUCUCAUUAGUAGAAACAGUGAAAAAUGACUUUUCACAAUGCCUUCUUAGCCCAGAGGCUCAGCCAGCCCCCACUUCUGUGUCUCAGCAUUUAAAGGGCCAUUGAAUCCCACUUCAUGCCAUAUACUCUCAACAGGUUUUCUCAUUUGCUCCUUGGGACAGCUCUGUAAGGAUGAUACAGUCAGUUCUAUCUCACAGAUAAUCAAGCUCAGGCUUUCACAGCCUAAGUCACCUUCCCAGGUAAGUGGCAGGAUUGGAAUGAGGUUUCAUCCCUCACCCUCCCUAAACGACCCCAAGCACCCCCUUUUAGAAGAUGGGCUUCCAGGGCUUGAGAAAUGGUCAGAUUCCAUUCCCCUGCUAUUGUGGCCCCACGGGUCCCCCACUCCACAACCCCUCUGGGUGAUGAGGAAGACAGAGGAGGUGAAAUCCUGCACUUUAUGCCAAGAGACUGGGUAUAGGACCGCAUGAGUUGGCUGAUCCCUUAAGUAGUGAGUGGGCUCAGGCAGAAGCUUAGGUGUUGGCCUUGCGACGGGUGAGCUGAAGAGAAGGAAAGUAACCUGCACUGAACUACUUUAAGCAAAUACAUUCUAUAUUUCAUCUCCUUUAUCCUAAUGGCUGUUCAAGGUACCAAUAAUUAUGAUCAUUAUUCCAAUCAGGGUGCUGUCUUUAAGGGAGUUUAUAUAAAUCAGGGAGACAACUUUAUUAUCUCCUUAUUGUCAGCUAACUCUGGAAUUAAUCUAAAGGCUUUUUUUUUCUCUAUUUGCCCUGAAGCCCACAGAGAAAUAGAAAUGUUUUUCUUAUCCUUUAUUCACAUGUUUGUUCUGUAUUGAUGAGUAUUUAGAAUGUUUCUCAUUUUUUCCUUUUUAAAAAGAUUUCAGCAAUGCUAUUUCAAAUAACCACUUACCUGGCUAUUUUGGACAUGUGAACAUUUUUUCCUCCAUUACAUGUGUAAACAUCUAUCCCUUGGGGCUUGAUUUCAAUAAUUUAAACUUCCUUAUAUGUGUCUGAGCAUUCUCAUUUCUUUAACCAUCUUUGUACCUGUUGUUACAAUAUUUAAAUGUAUUUAUAACUGAUAAGUGUGUUUCCAUUUCCUUGAUGUAUUUGGUCCCUCAUCCCGCCCCCAUACCCAGACACACAGAGAACCACUUUUCACCUUUUCGUUUUUCAAAUUUUUAAAAAAUUCUUUUUCGCUUUUUUUUCUACAUUUAAAUUUUGUCAGAUGAUAGGUGAUAAAAGGAUAUUUAGAUGGUUUCAUUUGCAUUCCUUAAUGUAUUAGUGAGCUAGAAUGCUUUUUCUUGUGAUUACUGGCCAUUUGUGUUUCUUCACCUGUGAACCAUUUACAUAUUUUGUCAGUUUUGCUGUUUUGUUAUAGGAGCUGUACAUGUGUUAAACCUAAAACCCUUCACUGAUGGAUGCGUGCAUUAUUUCAACACAUCUUUCUUGGGUGAAUAUUAUUUAUGAGACACUCUAGCAAAAUCUAUGUCCUAGAUGUCUCUUCUGAGAUCUUGGCUCUUAUAUUUAUGGGAGAUGUCCACCUGCAGCAAGAAAAGUAUUAGUGCCCAUGCAAACAUGCGUGGCUUGUCAAGGAUCACAUGCACAGACAGUUCACACUUACUCCUAAACCCUGCAUGGCCACAGAGUAAAAAGGAUGUGUGGUGCAUUAUAUGAGGAGAGCCCUGGCUCAGGAUUGUGAUUUCUGUGAUCUCUAUAAUAAUGGCAAUAUUUUUUUAAAUUACAUAACAUUUCUGAGUUUGCCUUUUCUGAUUUGUAAAAUGGAAACAAUCAUAGCUAACAAAGACAGCUGUUCUGAAAGCAAAAGAACAAAAUAUUUUAAGUGUCAUACACAGUGUAGGGUACCUACGGUACUCAACACAUCUUAGUCCCUUUCCUAUCCCAUACCCGUCCUUCCUUUAAAGGAGAUUCCUUUGACAUAAUCCAAAAGGCAUGGUUCCAUAAUGAUCAUAUGAAAAUUUUAAGGGAAAUGUAUAGGUUUCCAUGAUUAAUUAACUGCUGUGUCACUACUCUGUGCUGGGUAAGGAAAAGGAAAACAAUCACUGAACCAGUUUCCUGGGUUUGUAAAAGAAAUCCAUCAAAGCCACCACCUCAUUUCGCUUUAUUUCAUAGACUUCCCCAUCUCAUUUUUUAUGUUCUAUGUUAAUUUCUCAAGAAAAACAGGCCCGGCAUUACCUCUGCGCACAACCCUGUGGGCCUGGCUCAGGCGGGAGUGCGGGGCCAGCAACAUGAGCACCCUGGACAGCCCCGACCAGGCCUAUGACUUCCUGCUGAAGUUCCUGCUGGUGGGCGACAGCGACGUAGGCAAGAGUGAGAUCCUGGAGAGCCUGCAGGAUGGCGCGGCCGAGUCCCCAUACAGUCACCUGAGGGGGAUCGACUACAAGACGACCACCAUCCUGCUGGAUGGCCAGCGGGUGAAGCUGAAGCUCUGGGAUACGUCGGGGCAGGGAAGAUUUUGUACCAUAUUCCGCUCCUACUCUCGUGGUGCACAAGGAGUGAUCCUGGUCUACGACAUUGCAAACCGCUGGUCUUUCGAGGGUAUGGAUCGAUGGAUUAAGAAGAUCGAUGAGCAUGCCCCUGGUGUCCCUAAAAUCCUGGUGGGGAAUCGCCUACAUCUGGCAUUCAAGAGGCAGGUGCCCAGGGAGCAGGCCCAAGCCUACGCUGAGCGCCUGGGCGUGACCUUCUUUGAGGUCAGCCCUCUGUGCAAUUUCAACAUCAUAGAGUCUUUCACGGAGCUGGCCAGGAUCGUGCUGCUGCGGCACAGGAUGAAUUGUUUCGGGAGGCCGAGCAAGGUACUGAGCUUGCAAGACCUCUGCUGCCGCACCAUCGUGUCCUGCACACCCGUAUACCUGGUGGACAAGCUCCCGCUCCCCAAUGCCUUAAGAAGCCACCUCAAGUCCUUCUCCAUGGCUAAGGGCCUGAAUGCCAGGAUGAUGCGAGGCCUCUCCUACUCCCUCACCACCAGCUCCACCCACAAAAGGAGCAGCCUCUGCAAAGUGGAGAUCGUCUGCCCACCCCAGAGCCCACCCAAAAACUGCACCAGAAACAACUGCAAAAUUUCUUAAGGAAGGCACCAAAAGGAAACAAGCUGGAAUCGCUCCAGGAAGAACUCUGGUUACACCUGGAAGACAGAAGUCGGAAGUCGCAUUCUAGAUUCAAGAAAUUAGUUUUCAGUUUCUCAAGGGAAUCAUGCUGCUUGGGAAUGGUGUGAUGCCUUCUGUCAAUAAAAACACAUUACGCAGUUUGACUUUGAAUUUCUAUGUGGAUGUGCAUGAAGCUUUCUUUUUAGACGUGUGUUUAUAAACGGGAAAUUAGUACUCUGCUCAACUCUUGGUAACAUGAAAUUUUGAAUGUUACUUAUAUCAUAAUCACACUGCAACUUUUUCCUUAAAAUUACUGCCUUUGUAAGAAUGGUGAUAUGGCAGUGAUGAGUAUAAAUUCAAGUAAAUUUGAGAAUCAAUGAUAGUGAGAUAAUUUAGUCAUUGAUAUUACAAGAGGGGGCUUUUUGUAAACCUCCUUUUAAAGUCAAAGCACCAAUUUAUAAAACACUGCAGAUGCAUAUAGAGAUUGUAUAUAACAGAUCUGUCCAGUUUGUGCAUGAAAUGGAUUUGAUAAAGUUUUUGCUAUGUUAUUUUACUACAUUUGAGGAUUAAUUCGUGAUUUAUAUGUAUGUUUUUCUAUAAAUCUACUUUUUUUGUACAAGAUGUUCUACAAGAUAUGAAGCUAAGGGAGGAAAACGCCAAAGAUAUCUCUAGUUAUGUUGAACAUAGCCAACAUGGUUUCAAUGGAUCAGUAAGAAAAAACCAUUUCAGUAAGGAAUGAAAUAAGUACUUAUUUGAGAAAAUGUUUCUUAACAAUAAAAAGGUAUAUAUUUUUCUCUUUUGGUAAAAUGAAAAGAAAAAGAAAAAUAUACAUAAUGUAACCCCGCAAGAUGAGGCUUUGCAGAAAAACAUUGCAAUAGAACAUGGCAGGGCAGGCCCAUUAUAAGACUUUAGGUGAGUCAUUUCCCCUGUACUGGCCAGUUUUGGUUAACAAAUCUCAGAUCAAUAUAGAGGUUAAUGAGAUCACAUCUGGGAAAGCACUUCUGAGACCUUAGAUGGGAAGGAAGAAGAACUGAUUUCCACGUAGUUACUUUCCAAUUUACAUUGUGAAUAUUAUAAUAAUCUAUAUUGGAUGAACUGAGUAAAUAUAAGUCCUUGCACUCUUGUAACUGAAUGACCAUUUACUUGUGCAUUGUCAUAGGGUGAUUAUAACAUAAAGUACUGCAGAAGGGCAGUAUCUCUGGCCUCAGGAAGCCUUGGGGACUCACCCUUCCUGAACGCUGGCACUUUUCUGUCUCAUGAAUUUCCCACAACAUUCCUGGGAGGUAGAGGAUAUAAUUUCUACACCAUCCUGUAGCUGAAGAAACAGUGAUGUUUGCAGGUUAAGCAGCCUGGCUGGGGAGCAUCCUGCCACUAAGUGGAAAAGCAGAGACCUGCACCCUAUACACCCCCAGGCAGACUGUGAUGCUGAGCUGCACAUCACACCAUAACCAAGUAAAUCUUGCUUUCCUGCUGACCCGGGUCACUAAUGAAAUCUGUAUCUUCAGCUCUGAAGCCAGUCUGCCAGUUCUGUCUCUCUUCUGAAAGACAGAGAACCUUGUCAGACCUAAAUUUCCUACUCUGUAGACAAGGGAGUGCAUCUGGGCCAGUACUUUAGAAACUGGAGUCUCCAGACAGUUCUGAUGUCAAGAAGAAUAUGCACUCUCAGAGGGACAGGGGUCAUGCUGAGGGUGAAUACUUGAAGGAGCAGGCGCUAAACACAUGCAGAUCGGGGAUGCAUACAGUCUUUAAUAGAAAUUACCAAAUCAACCUGGAAAGAGGUUGUACUAAGUGACAUCUCCACCACCAAUAUGAAACAGAGUAGACUUCCCUGCAUGCCUUACUAGAAUCCUGAAUGGUUUCUUUUUAUACUUUGAUGAUAUGACAGGUGGAAAUUCUUUCAUUGUCAUUAUAUUUAAUUUGGUGUUCAGAUAACUUAAAAAAUUCCCUAGUAUACAAAAUGCUCUGAUAAUCAUCAUUGCAUUAUAUUUUUAUUGCAAACUGGUCCAUUUUCAUAUGUAGCCUAAAAACAAUGAGCAAGAGGCACAUUAGCCUGCAAGUUCUCCUAGAGCUACUGGUGGCAUUAUGGUUCCAGGGUGUGUUUGUGGCCUCUGGGGGAUACUGAUGGCAGUGUGUUUGUCUAGAAGAUUAAGAACAUCUCUCUGUGGUAUUAGUUGAAUUCAGUAUUAGAGAAGAGCUGGAGUCUUUUUAAAUGACACAAGAGCUGGACCACAACAUGCUUCUGAGCAGGCUGUAAUACUGUCCCUGUGAUGGAAAGCAAGUCUUUCUGUGAUCUCACCUGCUCAAGUCAGGGUGGAUCCCUCCAGGAUGUAAGGUAUGGCAGUCGGCCUAAAUCUGCUUCUGAACACUGAAGCUGAGUGCUCCUAUCUUCCUGACAUCAGUUACAGAGACUGGAGAAGCUGUAUCUUCUCAGACACCAAAACCAUGGGUUCAGUCACCUGUGUGAGGAGCUCGGUGCUAGAAGAUAAAAUACCAGUACCUGUUUGACACAUCGUGCAUCUAUCCAUUCAUCUGUCCAUCCAUUCAUCCGUCUGUCCAUCCAUCCAUCCAUCCAUCCAUCCAUCCCCAUAGUUAACAGGCAUUAAGGUCAAAUGACACCAUCCUUCUGGUUAAGCUUUAGACUUCCCCAGAAUAGAAACAAGGAAGUAAGGGGGUUGUGGUGAACUCAGUUUCUAGACCUAAGAAGAGAUGGCUCCUUCUCAUUAAUAUUUCCAUCCUGAGAGAGCCUCUUAUCAUUGAUAAUUUCAAAACAUAAUUUAAAAACCCUGGACCCCUCUCUACAACCCUAGUUACUGUUCUCUUUACAUAUAUUCUCCCAUUGCAACCAAAGUUCUAUGAAGAAUUCUCAAUACUCAACUCAUCCCUUUAUACUUCCCUCCACCUCAGUCCUCAUUCCUCAUCUAAUGGUGCUUUGUUACCGCACCCCUCCACUGAAAUGAACCCCAUCAAAACCAACAGCCACGCCUUUGUCCCAUUUAUAGAUCAAGACUGUUGAAAUGAACAUCUAUCUGGAGACAAAGCUUCACCUGCAAUGCCAAAAUUCAGUUGCUUUUGUAUAGACAAAGAUUUUAUGGCAAUGCUAUAUUUACCUAAAAGCUAGCAUUAUAAAAUAGCUUCCAUAGAGUCAGUCAGAUAAUGUGAAGGCUGUGCUACAGGAACUGUGCUAUCAAUUGAAGUACAACAUUUCCCCAACAUAUCCCAUAAUAUUGCUUCAAUAAAAGGAAUGUUGCAAAUAGA